GCUCCCUUUUCCUGUUCGCCGGCGCUCAUGACGACUCUCGACGGCCUCAUCGACGGCCCAAUUGACCUUGACUGCCUUCUUUGAGUGCGCUGGAUGCGCGGAAAGAUUCGCGCCACCUCACAGCCAUGACACUGCGGAAUCCCGGCCGCCUGGCCCGCCAACUUGCCCGUCUGGGCACUCCAAACUUGGCGCGUCCGAAUGGGCCGCAGCUGGGUCGUUGGGGGCCAUGCAACUCCGCUGCCAGCAGGCUCCGAUUUUCGACUCAAGGCGCCAGGAGACAAGAGGAGGCACCGCGUGAGAAUAGCGGACGGCAAAAUGAACAAAAUUCCUCAUCAGAACCUUCUAUUCUUUGGAAGAUGGGCGAGUCAGCAGCGACAACACUUGCUUCCAUAGUCGUGCUGGGUCUCGGCUUUGCUGCCGCUGGCUACAUCUAUCACAAGAGUUACAAACGGCUCGUCCUCAGCAAAAUGACCAACGCCUUUGAGCCAGGAGACCCAGUUCUGGAACUGGCUUCCCUUGGAAAAGAGAUCCCCCCUGGCGGUGCUGGCGAGCACUGGAUUGUUCGCAGUGAGCAAGAACGCGUGGACCGCAUCGUGUUUGGUCAUGACGUUGGACACUACCACCUCAUGAUCGGCGACAAGGGCUGCGGCAAGAGCAGCAUGCUGAUAGAGGCGAUGCGCAAGAUCGAUGGCGAGGGUGUAGCCAUGUUCGAGGCACACGCAGAUCUCGAGAUUUUCAGGAUUCGAUUGGGCAAAGCUUUGGAUUAUGAGUACCACGAGGACUAUAUUGGCGGAUAUUUCAGCGAGAGAGGCCCUCGCGAAUCCACUGCUCUACUGGAUAUCGAGCGUGCCCUCAACAAGCUGGAGAAGGUGGCUAUGCUGAAGCGACGAGAGAGAGGCAAGCCCCUCGUCGUUAUCGUCAACCAGAUGCACCUCCUCCGCGACGAUGAGGAUGGGCGGGAUUUGAUCGAGCUUCUCCAGCAGCGAGCAGAACAGUGGGCUGCCGCAAACCUCGUCACCAUGGUUUUCAACUCUGACGACUAUUGGGUAUAUGAGCGGUUCAAGCAACUAGCUACGAGGAUGGAGGUCAUGUCUGUUGUCGACCUACCCAAGGCCCAUGCUAUUUCCGCCCUACAGCGCUACCGGUUGAAGUAUUUUGGAGAGCGCCUGUCGGAUGACCAGCUCGAAAACGUCUAUGAUAAAGUUGGUGGCCGCCUGAGCUUCUUGAGCCGUGUUGCGAAGAGCAGCGACAUGAAUGCAACCUGCGAGAUGAUCAAGGAUAUUGAGAAGCGGUGGUUUCUCAACCAAUGCUGGAUCCUGGGUAUGGAAAUGGACGACGAUGUCAUGGACCAGCAGAAGUGGGCCGCUGCUGCUAUGGUUCUAGCAAAGGCCCUUGUUGACAAGGACGACGAUGAGCCUAAUUACGACUCAGUUAUCGGCCACGUGCUACCCACAUACCCUUUCCACAAGGCCCAGGAAAUCAUGACACGUUGUGAUUUUAUCCGAAAGUUGGACAGCCUGAACCUCUUCAGCAUCACUAGCACUGCGGAUGUGCGAGCCAGCAGUGUCCCGAUGCACCUUGCCUUCCAGGAGAUUUGCGCCGAGGAAGGCUUCGACGACCACCUAGAGGCUACCAUCCAGAGAAUUUCAGACAUUGAGAGCUUGGGCCGAACUCGCGAGUUGGUUGCCAAGGACCUGGUGCUCGGCGGAGAGUACAAGAUCCGACAGAGCAUCAGGGGGGAUGUCUCGGUGAAGUUGCAGGAGCAGACGGAGGAAAAGAAGUCAUCAUGGUUCCCGUUCGGAGGAUCACGGGGCUGGCGCAGGUGGAGGGAAUCGUUGGUCCAGCAAGUGACCUGUACAACAUUUACAUGUAUUUUCUUUGCAUCUGUAUCAAAUAGCGCUUGGCCCGAUUUUCGCCUUGCUUCGACACUCUGGUCUCUAGUUGGCUCUCAGGCCAGCGGAUCAGACAAACCGGCCACCAGUGAGGGGACUUCCUCACAGGCUGAGAACCACCAACCUGAGCAACACCCGGAGCUUCAUCCCAUCGACGAACGCGACGACCAUCAGAACGGGUCGCACAACACUGCAGACGCGAUGAUGGACCCGGAUGGACGGCCAAUUGGCGGCUUGGAGGCGUUUGACAACUUUGAACACGAUGCCCAGGUCGAGGACGCGCCAGACAACGAGGCCGACUUUGGCACUCUCGAGAUGUUCGAUAGCAAUGCGACACAGGCACCCUACACCUCACAGCUGCCUUCAUCGGCCUUUGGUCAGGACAGCAAGGCACCUGAGGCAGUGAUGGAAAAUGCCGUGCCAUCUUCGCACUCGAAAAAGUCAAAGCGAGACAAAAAAGAUCGAAAGAAGAAAGGGGCGUCUCAAGAAAGCGCAUCCCCUCAGCCAUCGGCCGAAGAGGGUUCCCGCAAGCACAAGAAAAUGAAGAAGAGGCAGUCUGUUCCGGUUGAGAUUCCGGAUAGCCUCCCAACUGGAAACGCGUCAGAUGCACUUCAGGAACAACUGGCAUACGCCGAGGCCGCCUCUAACACGCAUUCGAAUGACGAGACUUCAGUCCCAUCGACACAGCCAAAGCGGAAGCGCAAGCCAUCAGAUGCGGCAGACAGCAAACAACGAAAGAAGAGAAGGCCUGACGACGGUGAAGUUGAGGCUGCCUCCCAGGACGUGGUACAGGGAACACCAGACGACGAGUCACCCGAAGCUCAGAAUUCUCCCAGCGCAGCCCGUCUCCAGCGCCGCAGCCAGUCGCGCGAAGCCCGAUCACGGGAGAAUAGUGUUCUUCCAAACAACGGCGAAAUGGACCUUGAUUCUCAGCUGAAUGCAACAGUGAACCAAGGUGACUCUGGGGAUAGAGACCUCGGAACAGAUUCCAUUGAUGUCAACGGAUCCGCCGGAGCCGCCGGCACAGAGGCUGAGCGCGAUGUUGAGAACCUAGCCAGAGAGGCAUGGAAUGAGCAUGUCAAUGGUGGUCAGGGUCAAAAUGACGGCGACGACGUUUAUGACGUGCCAGGCAGCCCGGUCGAGGCUCCCAACCCUCCCAGCAGCAACACCAAACGGCCUCGACAGUCCAGGCCGAGGAAGGCUAAGCCAACUUUCUUUGAAAAGCCGCCAUCCCCAGAGGAAGAAUAUGCCGACUUGCCGUCACCAUCUGCCAUGACUCCGAAGCCUCGUCGAGCAAAGACCGCGUCUAAGAAAAGAAAGACCAAGACUGAACCUCCAAGCUACUCCAUGCACGAGGCGGACGAUUAUGAUGCCGAAGGAUUUCAAGGGCGUCGGAAUAGAAUGGCGGGCUAUACUCAGGGUCGCUUUAGUGAAGAGGAACUUAGCCGUAUCGCCAUGGCAGUUGAGAGAUUCCGUUCCGAGCGCGACAUGCCCCAGCAUCAAGUCAAUGACAUGAUCCACGCCCCCGGAGGAACUACUGCUGGAGAUGAGCAUGCAGCUCUUUGGGCCCAUGUCUUUGAGACAUGCCCCGACCGUCACCGACAGAAGAUCAUCAACAUUACGCGCAAGAAGUUCCACAAUUUUGUCGCGCGUGGCACCUGGACCCCCGAACAGGAAACUGAACUUCGUGAUCUCAUCGAGGUCCACGGAACGAAGUGGUCCAAGAUUGCUGCUAUCAUCAACCGUCAUCCCGAAGAUCUUCGCGACCGUUACCGCAACUACAUUGUCUGCGGUGAUGCCCAGCGAAAGGACUCUUGGGACGAACGGGAGGAGUCCAACUUGACUCAGUACGUCAUGGAAGCCAUGGGCGCCAUCGAUGAGCUGCGCCGAAUCCAACCUAGUCGAGAGCUGCUUAAGAAGCCCUACGAAGAGCUCAUUGACUGGCAGAACAUCAGUGAGCGAAUGGAGCGAACUCGUAGUCGCCUUCAGUGCAUCACCAAGUGGAAGGCAAUGAACAUCAAGACCCAUGGGAAGGACAAGCUUGUGUCUCAUGAACCAAACGCUCAGAUCUCUUUCAACCUGGAGAAGGCCCGCCGACAGAUUGCCGACAUGCCAGAGGAAGAAAGAUAUCGUCUUGUCCUCGCCAUUCACGGCUCGUCUGUCUCGUCUGAAUCAAAGAUUCCUUGGCAGAAACUGGUUGACAAACAGUACCGCACCCGCUGGCAUCGUUCGACUCAGAUGCUCCUUUGGCGACGUCUGCAGCAAACCAUCCCCGGAUGGGACGAAAAGACUGUACGCGAUUGUGCCCAGUACCUGGUGGACCAGUACAAUCAGAUGGGAGAGCUUCCCGAGAUCAGAGAUGAGAACUACAAUGACGCCCUGGAGAUGGAAUUUAUCGGUACCAUUCCAACCACGAUUAUGGCCAAUGGAGGCACCAACAAUAUCAGCGAGGAGUAUGUCGGCAACUCUGAUGUUGAGGGAGAAGACCAAGUCGUAGAUGACUUGAAGAUGGAGAUUGAGAAUGGUGGCGUCCCCGACGAGAACAUCCAGCCUGACUUGCCUGUUGAACCGAUGGAAAUUAUUGAGCACAUGGAAGCCAUUCAGCCAGACUUGCCUGUGGAGCCAAUGGAGCAAAUGCAACUAACGGAACCAAUUGAGCCUGUUGAGCCUGUUGAGCUCGUUGAGCCCGUUGAAUUUGUCGAGCCAGCGCCCCCCAAGGCGACUCGCUCAGCCAAGAAAUCGGCACCCGGAAAAAGCCGUGCCCCUCGUCGGUCUACGCCAGCCAGAAGAGCAUCCUCCAGACGAACAGCUGCACCCUCCCAGGACCCUAUUCAGGACGACGAUGGUUUUCUAGUUCCACCUAGCGGGACCGCGGAAGAUAACUCAGACAUUGACGAUGCUCGCUUCCGCAAGAGGAAGACACCCAGCAAGUUCCGAUCUCCCGCGGCUGCUGAGGUGGAGGCCAAGGGCGACGACUCGGACAGCGUCAUGGAUGAUAUGGAGGAUCUGCCUGCUCGAGUGCCAGCUUGAUGAUAUACGCAUUGUCGACUUUGAGAUGGAGUUGUAGUGGACGCAUUUGCGAGCCCGUUGGACGGAAUACACAAGAGUGAAUGAAGACAUAAAACGUAUGGAUGGUGACAAGGGGUUGCCCUUGUAUGUAAUAUGAGCAGUUUUCUUUGCUUUGCUUCGCUUUGCUUUGCUUUGCCUGGAUUCGGAGGGAGGGUGGCAAGCUCUGGACGGCAGUUGUUCAGGUAGGUAAUAAAGAAGUAGCUAUUUACUGCGUAGAAGAACCGAGUCCUAGCCCUCGAUGCCGUUGUAUACAAAGUCUUAGUCUAUUCCCUGGGUUUCUGAAUAGGAGGCGAACGUGAC